AGACCAACUUCAAGAGAUACGAGCGACCCGGCGAUCAGUGCGUAGGAUCCCGUUAGCCGUGUAACGAGGUGUUGCUGUCGCAGUGCAGCACACGAGGCGGGCCCCGCGCAAUCGACUGACUGGUUUCCGAGUCGAAAAAAGGACGUGUUAAUAGUAAACAAACGAAUAACAGAAGGCGGUUGUUUUUCGAGUGGACGAUUUUAUUAAGUAUUAUACAGCGCGAUAUUCGCGGCUUCCUAAUCUUCGUCGCCGGCGGUAAUUCGAGCUGGGUUUGUUGCGAAAACAACGACGUGCUGUCCGAGUGAAGGAACUUCUGAACACUUUGGCUGUCGGGGGUUAAAUCAUGACAGAGUUGGUUGUCACUUGCCACCUGAGCAACGGACAACUAUGAAGCGUGGGGUAUUUCGCCACUCGCUGCUGCAUCCUAUCGACGCGAAUGUGCAGGUGCCGUAUAUACGCACACUAUUGGGGAUUACGGCGUGAAACGAGAUUCGAGGCCUACCGAUUAUUGCCUCAAUCUUAUUUUGCAAAAGGCGGUUUAAUCUUAUCGUGAAUUCUCCUCGGCGUGCAAAUGCUAUGCGGAUUUAUUAUCCAUCGCGCCGUAUUCUAGCCGUUUAUCUGAUAUAAACACUGGUUCGAUUUUUUUUUCGUUGAUAUUUUCGCAAUGUGUGUGCGCGUGUUCGUCAGUUUCUCUGUAUGCAAUAAUGGAGUAAAGUAUCAUUCGCACAAGUAACGAUAUCAUUGUUAAUAAAGCAAGUAACGAGAUUUCGUUGAGAUGACAGAUGCCAUUGAGGAGUAAAACAAAAGACAACGGAACAUCUGAACGAGAACUCGGCCGGUAACUCGAGUUUGAAACGGCGCGACGUUGGCAAUUGUUCUUAAUUAAAUAAGAUUAAUUGUAAUGGAAGGGAAUGGCGAGGCGCUCCGGGCAGAUCCGGUGCUCGAGGAAACAUUCUACAUAACUUCGAAGAAGAACACGUUCUACCGAGUCAAGCUUACCGAGAAGGGUCUCAGUCUUCAAAAGGAGACCAACGGAUCCACCAAGACUGAGACGAUCGCGUUGAGCGAUAUUAUCGGAUGCAGAUGCAUGCGGUCGAAGAAGCGAAACGCCGGCUCUUGCGUCUGUCACCCGGGCGCCUCUCGAACCCAACUGAAGGUCGUCGAAUCGAGCGAAAACAUUCAGCCCUACGACGAACUCGACAUGUCCGCCUAUCUCUACAUCUACUCGUACCCGAUGAAAAAACCCCGUGUCAAGGGCGCCAGAAGACGCGAAAGAAGCACUCUUACCCUCAGGUUUCGCAGCUUCGACAAGUACGAGGACAAUUUAAGGGAAGCCAGCAGGUGGCGACUCGCCAUCAAGUGCCUCAUCGCCAGGGUACCCGUUCCCAAAUCGCUACUCAGUCCUACCGACGCCAAUUUGGAGCUUCUUCUCAGUGCGUGUCCGGGAGAAGAUCGAAAGCUGUUGGUGCUACUGAAUCCGAAAUCGGGACCAGGCAGGGCGAGAGAAACGUUCCAACGGAGAGUUCAUCCGAUUUUGUCGGAGGCCGAGAAAUCGUACGAGAUCCAUAUCACGAAGUACCCAAAUUACGCCAGGGACUUUGUCAGGUCGAAGGAUAUUUACCAAUGGAGCGGCUUGCUGAUGGUCGGUGGCGAUGGUAUCAUAUUCGAAGUCGUCAAUGGACUAUUCGAAAGGCCGGACUGGGAGAAAGCCAUGAAUCAAUUACCUCUCGGCAUCAUCCCUUGCGGAUCCGGAAACGGCCUCGCCAAGUCCAUCGCACAUGCCGCGCAAGAACCGUUUGACCUGAAUCCAAUGCUUAUCAGUACUCUAUCAGUCGUUAAGUGUAGAAAAACACCUAUGGACUUAGUGCGAGUGGAGACAAGGAAUCAGAUACUGUUCUCGUUCCUCUCCGUCGGCUGGGGUUUGUUAUCCGAUAUUGACAUCGAGAGCGAAAAACUCCGUGCUAUCGGUGGUCAAAGGUUUACCAUUUGGAGCCUGGCACGGCUAAUCGGGCUCAGAACGUACAAAGGCAAAGUGUCUUUCCUGCCGUACGACAAGCCAAUUCCAAAAGAGAACGGCACCACCGGCAACGGAUUUCAGAAAGAUCGUCAACCCGACAUCGGCAAAAUUUCUCAUUCAAAAAGCUACGGGGAUCAACUAGACCGGUACUCGACUAUCUGCGAAUCCAGGAGUUACCACGACGCGAUUGACGGCGAUCAGAUCCCAGAUGCUCAGGAGAGGAUAAACGGCCUGGACGCCAAUGUCGACGAAGUUAUAACUGAGAGCCUAUCUCUAGAAACUGGGAAUCACAGAAGGAGGCUCGACAGCUUCUACUCGGUUACUUCAAAAAAGUCUACAUACUACAGUACUGGGGGUCUCUCCAGUUAUCAGAGUUUCUCUGAAUCGCAGAGCGCCGAAUUAGGCAGUGGUGAAAGUGAGAAUCGAAUUAUGUACGGCCCAGCAUCGACGUUGCCAGCAUUGACCGCAGCGCUUCCUUCAACGUGGACUCAAGUCGAAGGGGAUUUCAUAAUGGUCCACGCCUCCUAUCAGACGCAUCUCGGACAGGAUUUCCUCUUCGCGCCUCGUGCUAAAUUGGCUGACGGUGUAAUUUGGCUGCUUGUUAUUAGAGCGGGUAUCACCAGGGCACAUCUUCUGCAGUUUCUAUUAGGUCUAAGCAACGGUUCCCACCUCAACUGCCCUGGGGUUGAAAUGAUUCCUGUAAAAGCAUUCCGAAUAGAACCAGCCGAAGGUAUGAUCGGUUACUUGACGGUCGAUGGGGAGGCCGUAGAUUAUGGACCGCUCCAAGCCGAAGUAUUUCCAUCCUUAGCGAACGUUAUGAGCACAUGAUUACAAAAAUUGUUUAAUCAAAUUGGCUCAGGUUUUAGAAAAAUUUAUCUCACGAGGGUUUUUGAUACCUCGAAAGCUCAUUACCACUAUUUAUUAUAUUAUCAUUGUUUUGAGUUUUUCAAGGGGCCAUAUUUACCACUUGCGCUAUUCCUGUUAUGACUUGUUUAAAUAUUACAAGUAAUUAUAUCGUACGGGUGAAAGUAUUUUACUCGGCGAAUCCAGCCACGUUCGCGUAUUAUAAUUUCUGUAAGUAAAUUUUUUUCGUUAUGAUAUAGAUAAUCUAAUUUAAUUAUUUGAUACCUUUUUUUUUUUUAAUUAAAUAUAUGGCAAUCUGUCGUUUCUGCUUUUUCCGAAGCUAUAAUACGUAUUGCGUGGUAUAGUUCAUCUUCCAAGAUACUAAUUAUUGUGUAUAUAUUUAGUGAAUCGCAAAAUUUUAAAUAAUACUUUAGACAACGAUAUAUUAUUGAUUCUAGUAUAAUACGAAAUCGCGUCCACGUGUGUUCGCGAAAUUUUCUAGUAGACUUGAUUAGAUAUUACGCAUAGAUUAAUACCGUAGUACUUAUUUCAAUAAACUUGGUUUAAAAAAUUUGCGAUCUUCUACCUACACGGGUCAAUAAAAAAGUAUAAUCAACAGAGAACAAUAAACUGCAUUUACAAUAAAUGUUGAGGUACUCGGGGAAAAAAAAAUUUUCUUAUGACGUUUCAAUCGAGUGCCAUAUGUCUUCAAAAUGUAAAAAUAACAGAGAUACAAAAGCAUAACAUGAUUAAUGAUAAUAAUGAUGAUAAUAAUAAUAGUUGCAGUUUGCACAAAAUUAUAAAAUUUUGUAUUAUAUCAUUACACCACAAAAUACAUAUUAGAAUUUUCGGGCCUUACCUGUGCGUUGUUGUUGCCAUUGUUGUUGUUAUGGUUUAUAACGAGAAUUUUUUUAGUACAAAAUUACAGAAAAAAUUAUCAUUCAAGGGCUACAAAAAAUCAUAUAAAAUUUAUAACGCCGUCUUUAAAAUGUAUAUGAGUAUUGUUCGAGACGCGUGAUGAAGCAGCUAAAUAUAAAAAUUUUAAGCUCAAUAACAAAUAUAAGGAUCAGCAGUAUACUUACGCAUGUGUCAAAACAAUUGUGCACACGAAAUCAUUACCGUUAAAUUGUGAUAGGAGCGUGCAAUUAUAUUCGUGAUUGAAUAGGUCCAGAGAGCGUGUUUAGCGAUUGUAAUUAUAUAUCGGAAUCACUGUUAUUGUUGUUGUUGUCGAUGAUAUUUAUUUCCAUUCCCAUUGAAUUCCAACUCGUAAACGAAGUUAUUAUGUGUACAUAUUGAACUAUACUGUAUAAAUGAAAUAUCAACAGCCAGUUAAGGGGACCUACUUACUUCAAUUGCAUCAUUUCAUCAAUUAACGGCUGCAGACGAAUUAUUUAAGCUACGGUUGGAGUUGAAUAUUUUUUUUUUUUAAAUCGUAUUUCUUGUUUGUUUUUAAUCAAUUUUUUAUGUAAAUAGAUUAUAUAUACAUGUGGCGACAUCGCAGUGAUUAGUAUGAUAUUCGGAUACAUAAAUUUCGUGCCAAUUAAAACGUCAAAAGGCAAUUAAUCUAAUGUUACUUUGGCAGGAAAAGGAAAAUAGUAAAUUCAAUCAAUCCUCUUCCACUGAUUAAAUACCGAGUUGAAUGAGUAUUGAAAUAAUAGUCAACUUCUUAUAUGUGCGAAAAUUUUGCGGGUAUAGUCUAGCCGUAGUGAUUUUUUUUCUUUUUUUUUGCUUCACUCUCUGCUGUAACGGGAACUAAGCGUGAUAUGAAACUUUAGCUUUACCAAAAAUUACGAGACAAACUAUGAGUCUAUAUAUAAUUAAGGAUUGUAAGUUAAAUUUAAAUUUGGUGCUUGGAUUGUCUCUUGUAUCUUUUUUCUUUUUAAUCAAUUUCGCAAUGCACUGGAAAACCACGUUCGUCAAUUUAUACGUUUAUUAUUGUUGCUAUUUUUUAUUGUAUUUUUUGUUAAACGACUAGUACGAGAAUGGUCAAUGAUAAUUGUGAAACAAUGCCAUCCAGGCACUUCAUUUUAAUGUUACGGCAAUUAUUACUAAAAUAUUAGUUGUAUUAAUAAAAAUUAUGAAUUUAU